AUGGGAGCGAAGAGGAGUGAGGAUGAGGAUGAAGAUGAGAUUGAUGAUCUUAAGCUUAAGGAGUUUUUGCAGACAUCUCUUGGAAAGAGCUCAUUAUCUGACAUCCGUCAUGGCAUUAUGACUGCUCCAAUAUUGUUUGCCCUGGAAGAGUUCCCUCAGUUGGGUGCAGUUGUUGAAAAAGGAAUUGACAAUCCUGCAAAUAUUGAGAUCGCUCUUGACUACCUUGCUAAGAGUAAUGGUAUACAGAGGACAAGGGAUCUAGCAAGAAAGCAUGCAAACCUUGCUGCAAAGGCAAUCAAAUCUCUGCCUGAGUGCGAGGACGUAAACGUAAGAAGAUCAAGGAGGGCACUUCUAGAUCUCACCCACAUAGUCCUCACAAGAACCAGGUGAGAAAAUAGAGACAAGUUAUGGUACAUACCAGUUUCUCAUACACUCAUUUUACAUUUAUUUGAAUCAAAAUUACAACAUUAAGAACAAAAGUUAUCAUAUUCAUUUACACUAUUUACAUAUAGUUAAACAAAAAUUACAACAUUGACAACAAAUUUGUUCAAAAACUUGUAACAAUGUCGUAAAAGGUGUAAUUAUCAUUAUUAGAGCUAAGAUUA